GCUGGAUGUAUGUAUGUAUCAUAUGUAUGCGAGGAAAUAAAGUUUCGAUUCUUCGACGCAGGGAAAGCUUACCUGCAGUACUGAGUCGUGCUUCCACCGUAUCAUGCUAUCAUCCUAUGUAUCCCUCGAUUCCCUCGAUUCCGGACCGAGAGUCGUGCAGAUCGAUAACCCCCGCCGUGCGCAUCUCAUCUGGUCUGGAUUACUUCCUCUCCUGGCUCCCCGGGCAUCACGGCGUCGUAUUAUCUUGCCCCUCGCCCAUGAUCCAUGACCCUCGACCCUCGAUAACACCGGGAUGCCUUCCGAGAUUACCUCCUCGCCCGCGGAAAUCCAGCAGCGUGUGUGCCCCCCCCUGCAGCACCCACGAGAGUCUGAGGCUUCACCCACGGUCCCGGGUACCGCACCCGCAACGGUGCUUUCCCGACUCUCCCUUCCCUGUCGCGAUCCAGGGUCGCGCGCAUGGGCAGGCCGGGCAUGCCGUCAAAUGAGAGCGUCGAUCAGGACCCGAGACAUCUGGGUCGUCGCCGGGUCUGAGCGUACUGCAGUACCGCGGAUGCGAGCCGGAGGAGAUGGCGGUGCCUGUUUCUGCUGGUGUGAAGCAGUGUAGAGGGGUUCGUAUUCAGCUUCAGUCUGUCGUUAUGAUUCGGGACUGUGCUUGUUGCGAAUUGGUAUUAUUGCAGUGCUACAGUCCCCUCGGUGUUGUGUGCUUUACUGCUUCACGAGUAAGCGAUACAACU